AAUUUUAUAGUCAUCGUGGUAAGGCGUGCUGCUUCGCCGCAGUUGGAUUCUUUCAUAUAGAUUUCUGAAAUGAAUAUGGCAACAUCGAAUGUUAUGAAUGACUCGACUAGAACCUAGAGUGUAUCGACUAAAGUAGGUAGUUAUAAUUCAGGAAUUUAUUUGGUUCAUAUUUCAUCAACUCUAUGUAAUAUAUAGUUGAUAUAAGUGUACAAAGUGUUUAUUGUAAUAACUACACGGUGCUUUUUAAAUUGUGUUACAUUCCAUUUGUUAGUAGUGCAUUUAGUUCAGUUUUGUCACGCCCAAGUAAAUCAACAAACACGUGAGUGCCAAAUAUUGUUUGAUUAAGUGUUUAAAAUGGCUUAUCAACAACACAACGGGCCUCCUCCACAACCCUAUGCUCCCCCAUAUGAGCCACAAGCGCCUCCGCAAUACGGAGCGCCACCUUACGGAGGACAACCUUAUCCUCCUCAACAACAACAACCUUAUGGGAUGCAACCACCCUAUGGGCAACCCCAACAACAUUAUGGAGGACCUCAACCUCCUUAUGGUGGACAGCCUCCUUUUGCAGGACAGCAACCUUACGGGCAACCUCAAUAUGGGCCAGAGCAUUAUCAACAGCCUUAUUAUCCCCCAAUUCAACAACAACAGAGUCAAGAUGAUGAUUGCUGUAAAUGGUGUUGUGGAUUAACCUGUCUCUCACUCUUAUGCUGCUGUUUGAUGAAUCAUGACUAAGUCAUAUGUUUUUGAUAAUAGAUGAUGGUACUUAUUCAUCAUUGAAUAGAAUAUUCCGAAUAGGACCACUUUAGUACAGAAAAUAUUUUUGUACUUUUUAAUUAAAGGCGAAUUAUGAAUAACGCACAAUACCUUCCAUUCUUGCAGCUCCAUAUUUGUGAUGCUCAAUGCAAAUCAAUAAAUAAAAUUAUAUACAAUUUAUUUGAUAAAAUUUUAAAAAUAUAUUCAUAGGUUUACAUGUUUACUAUACAUUUAUUGUGUGAUUAAUGAAUAUAUCGUUAAUGUAAAUAUUGUGUAUAAUGUAUUUUAUUAAAUGUAAUAAAUUAUUUGCAGAGCUUAA